GCAGCAAGCAUUUUUGGGCUGGGAUAUUAAUUCCUACAUAUAGCCCAUGACGUUAUUAUUAUUUUUAUUAAUAUGCCACCGGAAUAUUUGUUACAACUGUUCGUUUGUGUUGUGUUUGGCUGCUUGGAAUUUAGCAUGAAUCCUCAUGGAGAAUAAAAUAUGACGUGAUCGGUAACUACGUCGUUAAACAUUGGUGCCACGGGGCAAGGAAGUUAUGGUCAGUGCGCACGGUUUACCAUCCAACGCUAAUGGUGGGCUUCGUUAAAGCGUUGUCCUCCUUCCCUGGUCCUUGUUGCAGUGCGAAACAAGCAGAGUGAGUUGGUCACGUUCUUCAUUCAUCAUGGCGCGGUAGCGCCCAAACAUUCCGGCACCUUCUUGCGAAUGUGUUUUUUUGUGACCCGUACGCGUACGCCAACAUCUGUAGUUGAUAUUUCACCCCUACCUGUUUGAAACUGAGAUGCAAUCUGGAUGUUCCGAUGUGUGAUAGUUUGUGCAUUCCGCCUCUAUCGUUUUGCGACAGUUCCGGCAACAAAAACAUUGCAAACAAAACAGUAUAUUUAUUUACUUGUGUAUUCCUAGAACUGUGCAGUCAUGAGCGAAUUUUCGGGUAUUGCCACAUGCUUAGGUCACGUUGUGCUGGCUGCUGUAACAGGGUGGUCGUUAAAGUAUCUACCCAGUCCGACCGCCACGCCGGGUGUUCCGUUCGUCUGGAUAAUGCUCUGGUGCCUGAUGGCCUAUAGCAUGCUCGGCAUCAUUCGUUUCAGCCAUCCUCAGCCGGGAAAGAUGUUGCGCAUACUGUACGAUCACAUCACCUUGCUCGCUAAGGUGUGUCCACUGCCGUCGCUCAAUGCGCAGCUGUACCUGCAACCGGACCAGGCGCUACACGGUUUCGCCGACAGCUCCAUGCAGCUGUUUCAGCACGGUCUAGGCUAUACCUUUCUACUCUUGGCGCUGGUCGCUUACGUACUGUGCAACGUUUUCAGCGACCUGAGCCGUCGCCACAUCGGUGAGUACGUUGCGACCGGUGUGCUGCUGUUGAAUGCCGUCGGUCUCAGUCUGGUGUCCUGUACUAGUGACAACUACUGGGCCAUGGGUCUAGUGGUGUCCUGCGUAUCCAAACACUUCCUGCUGCCCGUAUUAGCGGAACGAUACCGUAUGCCGCACGCCCUGCUAUACACGUACGGUUUGAGCUUUUACGAAAUAUUCGCCGUCAAUGCCGUAAUCGAUGUACAAACUUCCACGAUCAGAGUGAUAAUGUAAUGCUUUGUGCUAGCUGUACUGGCUGUCCACUUACCCGUAAAACAGUGCUUUCGAUCACGGUCGAGUAUAGUUUAAGGCCAAGAGAAUUAUUUUAAAUAGUAGAAUUCAUUUUCUUCUUGUGUUAACGACCUACUAGACUUAUGUUUUCACGUAGCCGAAUAGACGGUCUUUUCUUGUGUCAAAUACGCUAACAGGCCUCUCUAGGAAAUGCAUCGAGUGCUAUAUCAGAAUUACUUAAUGCAACCGGUGUUCGUUCUAGCGCACAACAAUGUGUAACGGGAUUGUUGUUAAUGAAACAUUCUAAUACCUAUAAACCAGGGGUCUCCAAACUGCGGCCCUCACGAGCCUCCAUCCUCUGAGUAAAUGGCUCCCUACUACGGUAGUUUCAACCAAUGCGGCCUGAGUACUGAAAAGUUUGGAGACUCCUGCUCUAAACCAAGCACACAAAAGAAAUCGAAAAAUCCAACUAGCCUGCAAACAGGGUAAAUUUUUUAUACGUAUUUUACUGUUAUACUGUUUUUUUGUUACAAAACCGCAGGACGCACAAAAUCACAUGAACGAUAUAUACACGAUAUAUACAAAAGACUAUUAUUAUAUUCAUAUACAAUGUGUAGGUAGUGUAACAACGAAAACAAAAAAAAACAAACUUUUUUCACGCGCAUAGGAAGUUGUAAGUCCCCCUUUUUGAUAUCAGUUUUUUGUUAUACUUAAUCUAACUCCAUAUCAUCACAUUAUUUUACAACAGAGAGAUUGUUACAUUUUUUUAUAAGAAUUUACAACAAUUUAAAGAAAAGAUCGUGAAAUGCUUGAUAUAGGAUAGGCUAUUACAUUCGCAUUAGGAAAAAACCCCGUAGCAAAAUGGUACAAUCACUUUUUUGUUGUUGAAGCAAUUCAUAUUUUAUAAAGUAAUACGGUUCGGUACGGAUUACGCUGAUUAUUGUGCUAUCUUUAUGCUGCAAUUGUUAGACUGGGAAGAUAUGUAAUGUUACCUCGUAAUGUGUAGCUUAUCAAUAAUAUAUGAUAUUAAGGAUAUUACAGUAUAAAAAGACAUGACUAAAGAUAAAAGACAUCUUCCCCGCCACAACAACGUACUGUACGGCUGAGUAGCGGUCCGGCUAAAUGGCUUCAUGAAAUGUAUACAGGUAUUUAGAGCAUUCGGCAAGGGUGUUGUUACAGUACAAUGCCAUUUUGCUUGUGUCUUCAAUAUGGAAUAUACAUUUGAUUGUUUACUGGACAGGAUCUGUUGUUGGAGGAUUAUUUUGUAAUGUUUGUUAAAAAUGAAUGUUUGAAAUAUAUUUACAAGGU